AUGACAGCGCCACAUGACGGGAGCAACCCCCACGCAAGCAAACGAUCAGAGUCAAAAUCUGACUCGCGCUCUCCAUUCUUAACAGCUGAGCUCAACACACCUGCCUCAACUCUGUCACUGAAAAUACUGCCCGCUGAUCUCACGCCGGCUGCAUCUCCAACAGACGCACUCGUCGAGGCGUUCAGUAUGCUCAACAUGCGCUCGCCCUCCAUGCCGACUUUGUCCCCAAAUUCAUCCCCGAGCUACCCACCUGGCGAUCUACACAGCAAGGCGCCAGCCGAAACACCGCAUCGCGGCAGGACGGACACUAUGCAAAGUGUCGUACGUGCCUUCAGCGCGUCAAAGACGCUGCAUCAAGUACUGGGCAUGCGGGAUCCGGAGCCAUUCGUGCCGCCACCAGCCAUGCCGAGCGACCUGAGAGAAAGGUUUGAGGCUGGACUACAAGAGUACGAACAACUAUAUGUUGCCGGAGUGUCUGCUCCAAGGCAAGCUGAAGGCCUCACGGCUUCCGUGCUGCCACAGCAGGGCAAGACGAGCCUAGCGGAUAUCUUGGAGGAGAAGGAAAGUCCAGUGCGCGCAACACCCACUCGUCUCACUGCUCCUGGCACUAGCGGCAAGCUGAAGAUCAACGUUCCAAAGUGGACUUCUGGAAAGCAAGCUAUCGCUGUUGCUCAGCGACACACAUUCCUCGACAGCGACAGCGACGCCGUUGCUAAUGAUACGGCAAGUGAGCACACUGAUGACGAAUGUGAUGAUGACGAUUAUAGCUUGUGGAAAUAUGGGUCUAGCACCACUCUUGCGGUGAGUGAUUAUUCACGACCAGGCAGUUCUGCGAGCGGGAACGAGCUUUCCUCAAUGCCGGCGCCGUCGUUUCCCCCGCGAACGAGCUCGCUCCUUCCACUUCCACACGAGAUUGUCUACGGCAGCAACGACUCCGACCCACUCACUCGUACCUCAAGAAGCAAGAACCUGCCGCCGCGCCCUGAUUCCAAACACCCCACUGCGACGGCGAACAGUCAGCAUCCGUACAAGCAAGUCUACAGCCAUGGGAACAACAACCCGUCAACCCUGAGAAGGACAGAGUCAUUGCCAGUGCUGUUCCCUUCACCAGGUGUUGAGCAACAAUCCUCGGCCUUCGUACAGACCAAGAAUGGUUCUGCCUACGGCGACAAUUGCAGUGAUUUCGAACCUCACAGCGCCCUUGGGAAUACUGUGUUGGGUCACAACGAAUACACAGCGUCGUCACCUGCACCUCGGAUCACAAUCCAAGCGCCAUCACCAGUGAAGGCAGCAACAUCAAGGAAGCGUGCUCCUUCCUCAUCAACUCAGAACGAAAUCGACCCACCUCUGUCCCAGCGCUCUCGUCGUGACGAUGUUGCUGGCUUACCUGUUCUUUCACCUGACACCGAGGCGGAAUGGACAAUUAAAUUUCCGGGCAACACCCAUGCACUUCUGACCAUCCUACUCACCUGGUCACACGCAAUGUGGGCCUUCCACCAUCGACUGCCAGUUCUAAAACCCUUCUCCAUACAUCCAGCUUUUCCGUACUCGAUCACUCCGCCGUUGAGAAAGCAAUUGCUUUCCGUGAGCUUCUACGACACCAGCGUCGAGCCGCACAAGGAAAUAAGGUUCUUGGGUCCUGAUGAUGUCGCAGAGAUGUCUUACCAUGAAGUCGACAUAUUCGAUAAUCCGGCGGGCAAUACUGACAGCCAAGCGCCGCCUCUAUGGAGUUCUUCGAUAAGUACCAUCAAACAGACCUUGGGACUAGCCGACAGUGAAGCUCCUAAGCAAAUUCGUUACAUGGAUAUGUCGCAGCGCGCAAAGACUGGCGAAGGAAGAUGGUGCUACAUUCUCAUUAAAGGCUACGAACCUCAAGAUGGAGGCACACCGCCGCACCUUAUUCUUGCAUGGCACAUCAGCGCUGUCACAGCAACAAGUGACUGCCUGCACACGAUCUUCCCAGACAACGCCACACCAAAACCUACGACUCGAUCACAAAGCAAAUUAAAGCGCUUCUCCUCCCUCCAAAACUUCGGUCUGGCUCUAUGCAGUCCAGCAAAGUUCAACUUCCACCAAACUCUGCGGUCGGCGAGUAGUAGCUCUGAGCUUCCACCAGCUGAUGAGCCUGUAGAGAAUGAGCAGCGAGGAGGUACAACACUGCACCGUACGGUGCUGAAGAUGGAGAAGGCAGGGAACAUACCUUUGGUUGAAGGGUAUAGGGUGGAUAUCGCGGCUUUUAGAGAUUGGAUGGAUGCGUGUGGAAAGGGUGAAGGAAAAGUAAUCAUGUGGAAGGAACGAGAGGGAUAA